GAACUGAGCAGAAUGGAUGGUGUGCCUCUAAAGAUGCCGCAGGCUGUCUUACACAAUGCCAAAGAAGACGUCAGAGUCAUUCCUCCUGAUUAUCUCACCAUACUGCAGGACACAGAGUAUGAAUUCAGCCUGGAGAAGUGGGUGAUAACUGGGCUGCAGAGUGGCUUCAUCAGCCAGCACCUGCCUCAGCUCUCUUCCUCCUCAGGACUGCUGCCAUCCUGUCCUCCAUACUGGAUGAUGUUCAGCAGCCCUCAGCAAAGCCGACUGGCCAGCCGCCACAGCUCUGACUUCUGGGAGCCCAACCCUCGCCAGCGCUCCCACAGCCUCAACUCCUCCAUCCUGUGCACCAGGUUUCCCAUAUCAAAGUCUGAGGAUGACAGGGCGAGCGCCACAUGGGAAGCACAGACAUGUGUGUCAGUGACAGACUGCUCAGGUGGAGAGUGUUCUGCUGGCUCCCACCAGCGUGGUCAGAAUAAGGCCUUUGUCCCAGAUCUGCUGAACCCUCCAGCCUGUCUGAGCAGUCUGCCACACCAGCGCAGAAAGAACCUGCGACAGUGCUCCCUCUCUGUGCUGGAGACGUCCACAGAACUUGAUCCAAACACAGACAACCAAGCCCAGAGCCUGUACUCACUUAGAAUCCCUAACUUCAAGACCCGCAACACCAGAGAAAGUACAGUCACAAGGCUCCCCAGCAUCACCAACAAUGAUACAACAACAUUUCAUAGUCCAGACUCCUGUAGGAUCCCCCCUAUGACCUCACGGCCCAGAGAUCUCCCCUCAUCUGAUUUCGACUUGUCAGCAGAGCUCGUAUCAGCUCUGAGCCCAGAGGAGAGAGAGCUCCUGGAGGUCAUCACAGCCCGGGGCUACCCCCUCCGCACUGCAUUCAUCGCCCUGCAGAAGACGGGCCAGCAGAGCCCAGAUCAGGUCUUCAGUUACCUGGUAGCAUGUGACCACCUGUGUCAGAUGGGUUAUGACAUGGCCCAGGUAGAAGAGGCUCUGGAGAUGUUUCAAAACUGCGAAACGAAGGUAGAACCAUUCAAGGAGCUACAACAUUUUCUUGGUCAUAUAUAUAUUCUAAGAGACACCCAGACUUUACUUUUAUUUUUUUCAGUCAGUGAUUUGAAAUUGUAUAAUAAUUUCUUCUUUCUGAGGCGGAGGAGUUCCUUCACUUGGUGGGUCAGUUUAAUGAGAUGGGGUUCCAGCAGAACGCCAUCAAAGAGGUGCUGCUGGUCCAUGACAACCACAGAGAACGGGCUCUCGAGGAGCUGAUGAUGCGUCUGGCAUAAAGGAGGAAACUUUACAUAACUGUAACCUUCCCCCCAGCAGUCUUCCCCAUGAUUGUGGUUGUGUUUACUGAACUACACCGGGACAUAGACGAGAUUUAUG